AAUUAAAAAUAAAUAAAUCAUGGAGAUGGAUUUACCUCAAUUAUACAGGCAAGUGGCUUUCCUGCCCAAACGGGACGCAAAUAUAGUCUUAAAAGAAUUCUCUAUUAAUAACAAAUGGAAAGAAAACGCGUAUAUUGCUGACUUUGGAAGCGGCGAUGGGAGCACGACUACAAAUAUAUUGCAAAAAUAUCUGCCAACCAGUUAUAAAAAGAUAAUUGGCUGCGACAAAAGUGCAAGAAUGGUUGAAUUUGCAAAUGAAAACUAUGGAACUGACAAGAUUGAGUUUAUUAAGUGGGAUAUUACGGAGGAAUUACCACAACCCUGGAGGGUAGCCUUUGAUCAUGCAUUCUCCUCAUAUACGUUACAAAGGAUCCAAGAGCAGACGCGUGCUUUCUCAAACAUCUAUGAUUCCUUGAAGGUCGGAGGCAGCUGUCUUCUUCUUUUCCUUGGACGUUAUUCCCCAUACGACAUCUUUCGCGCUCUUUCCCGUUCAAAGAAGUGGGCCGAAGACCUUAAGAACGUCGAAAUGUUUAUCUCACCUUAUCAUGAUUCUCAGGCUUGGUAAAGACUAUCAAUCCAUUCGGUAAUCUCAAUAAGAGAUGGGACGAAUUCAUGGCAGACUAUUUCAACUUGAAUCCAAACGCUAUAAAAGUCGAU